GGGUAGAGAAAACUGGUCGCAGGACCGGAAGCGCGGUAGCUCUCGGGUGGAGACAACGGUGCCGUUUAAGGCAGAACGAGUGACCUGGUGCCAUUGAAGCCCGCUAGACUCUCCGCUCGGGCUCCUGCCCAACUUAGAGAUCUCCAAAAUUCUGGUGGUCUAUGGAAGGAUGCUGAGUCGGAUAGGAAGGAUAAGGCGCCAACGAAACGUCCCAGCAGCGAAAGGCGGUUGGAAGCCCCGCCCCUAGGCGGAGCUAGAAAAUCUCGCGGUGGAGGAGAGGAUCUGAGUGCUGCCUCGGGGCGGAGCACCCGGGCCAUGGCUACGCCCCGGGGAGCGGGUCCGGCUUCUCUGCGCUUUGCAGCCGCUGCCAGCUGGAUAGUCUUGCGCAGACGCUGCGUGGAACAUUUUCCACGAGUAUUGCAGUUUCUUCAGUCCCUGCGCGCUGCUGCACCUGGCUUGGUUCGCUACCGUCACCACGAACGCCUGUGUAUGGGCCUAAAGGCCAAGGUGGUGGUGGAGCUGAUCAUCCAGGGCCGGCCUUGGGCCCAGGUUCUGAAUACCCUGCAUCAGCACUUCCCAGAGUCUGGACCUGUAGUGAGGGAUCCUAAAGCGACAAAACAGGAUCUCAGAAAGAUCUCGGAGGCACAGGAAGCCUUUCGCCAGCAGGUGAAGCAGCUGGCAGAAGCCCCUGUGGAUCUGGCUUGGAAGUUGCAGGAACUUGAACAAGAGUAUGGGGAACCCUUUCUGACUGCUUUGGAAAAGCUGUUUUUUGAAUACUUGUGUCAACUGGAAAAAGCACUGCCUGCACCACAGACUCAGCAGCUUCAGGAUGUGCUGAGUUGGAUGCAGCCUGGAGUUUCUAUCACUUCUUCUUUUGCUUUGAGCCAGUAUGGUGUGGACAUGGGGUGGCCACUUCCAGAGUGCCCUGUUACAAAUUCAGUGAACAUGACAGAGCCCAUGGAGCCAAGUCCUCCUCAGCAACCAGGACCAGCACUCCACCAUCCUCUGCCAAAAACCAAGCCUGGCCCAUACCUUCCUCAGGGACCAGCCUCAAGGAAGCACCCAGAACCUUUGGUUGGCCACCACUUCAAUCUGGCCCCUCUAGGCCAGCGAAGAAUCCAUUCCCAGUGGGCAAACACUAGGGUAGGCAAUAAGGAGCGCCCCACAGCCAUGCUAUUACCCUUUAGGAAUCUGGGUUCACCAACUCAGGUCAUAUCUAAACCUGACAACAGAGGAGAACAAGGAACACACGUGGCAGUUCCAGCAGGUGACGUCCACACGAGAGCAAUCCCCACUGGAAAGUCUAGGAGUCCACCCCAGACCCUGGGCAGAAGUGCUAUGGAGGAGAACCCAGUUGACUUGUCUGCCAUGGAGCAAAAGGAGAAUUGCUGGGAUUGCCCCCUGGAGCCCCCGACACUGUCACUUUCAUCUCCUAGGGCCAGGAAGCCAGUGUGUCCUCCAUCUAUGUGCAGCCCUGUCAUUACCAUAGGGGACUUGGUUUUGGACUCUGACGAGGAAGAAAAUGGCCAGAGGGAAGGAAUGCCUGCCUUCCUUGCUUCCUCCCCAGUGAGCGUGCUGGGCAUUUUGCGGAUGCAGACAGAAGUACAGCAUUACUGCAUGAACUCUCAGAGUGCCCUUACCAAAUGCCAUGGCCACAUCACCAGGACAGCUGCAGCCUCCAUCCUACCAAGAAAGAAGCAAUGUAAAGAGACUGCCUGGAUUUCCCUAGCCCUCUCAGCGAUGUCUCAACAGCCCACUUCAAAGCUGACAGGAACCCAGAAGUCCUGACCCACCUCUAUCAGAGCUUCCACACCCAACAGAACACCCAGAUGUUUGGCAGCCUCACACCCUAGCCUGCCCGUGGGCCUUACUGAGAUG